AUGGAGAAUAACGAGGCAGAUAACUGGAGGGAUAUGGUCAGGAAGAUGCUCCCACCAGGUGCCCCUAUCCCGGACGACGACAAAAUGGACUACUCGAUAGCCCUCGAGUACAAUGGGCCUCCGGUACCUUACGACAACAUCCCACAGGCCGAGCCCCUCGACUUGAACCCUGCCCAAAUCCCAACUGCCGACCCGCUUUCCGAGUCCAGACGAUCCGUGGCCCGCGACUCGGCUCCUGUGAUCGAGCCCAUCCCCCUCCCCAGAAGAAGACUGUCCCAGAGCACCGAGUCAAUUGUGUCCGUUUUGCAGAACGAUGAUUUCUCUUCACGAUCGGGCUCGGGCUCGGGCACGCCGGGCUCGGUCCACCCUCCAAACGAGGCAAGGCGGCCUAUGGUGGUGACUUUCAACACAGCUGAUAGGUCUGAGCGGCAAUUGGCCGAUAGGGAAAAGCAGGUUUUCCCCGAAUUUGUGGUGGGCUUAGCCAAGGAGAAGAAGAAGAAGAAAAAGAGGAAAAAGGCGAGGAUUUGCUAUAGGUGCGGGAAAGGGAAGUGGGAGAUUAAAGAGAGUUGUUUGGUUUGUGAUGCGAAAUAUUGCAGCAACUGUGUGCUCCGGGCCAUGGGCUCGAUGCCCGAAGGACGUAAGUGCGUGACGUGUAUAGGGGAGCUGAUUGACGAGGUGAAGAGGUGCAGAUUGGGUAAGCACUCGAGGCUUUUGUCUCGUUUGCUCAGCCCAUUGGAGGUUAAGCAUAUCAUGAAGGCCGAGAAGGAGUGUGCGGCCAAUCAGCUCCGGCCGGAGCAGUUGAUUGUGAACGGGUAUCCUUUGAAGCCGGAGGAGAUGACGGAGCUUUUCGGGUGCCCUUUGCCGCCUAGGAAGUUGAAGCCGGGCAGGUAUUGGUAUGAUAAGGAAUCGGGUCUUUGGGGAAAGGAGGGAGAGAAGCCUGAUAGAAUUAUUAGUUCGAAUUUAAAUUUUACGGGUAAACUAAGCCCGAGCGCGAGCAAUGGGAAUACUGAGGUGUACAUGAAUGGUCGAGAAAUUACGAAGCUUGAGCUGAGAAUACUGAAGCUUGCAAAUGUACAAUGCCCUCGUGAUACCCAUUUUUGGGUGUAUGAUGACGGUCGAUAUGAAGAGGAAGGCCAAAAUAAUAUCAGAGGAAAUAUCUGGGAAAAGGCAUCAACUCGGUUCGUGUGUUCCUUGUUCUCUCUGCCUGUUCCUCAAGGUCAGCCUCAUGGGCUAAAGGAUGAGUCUAGCAACUACACGACUGUACCGAGUUAUCUUGAGCUGAAAAAAAAGUUUCAGAAGCUUCUUCUUUUUGGACUGCAAGGCUCUGAGGUAAAUAACCAAUGCAUUUAUUCUCUCAACCCAAGAUUGAAGCACUUUUCUGACUGGCUGCUCGACAUAAUUGCCACUGGGGAUUUGGAUGCAUUUUUCCCAGCAGCAACACGCGAAUAUGCCCCGCUUGUUGAGGAAGUAUGGAAAGAUCCUGCUAUUCAGGAGACUUAUAAGAGAAAGAAUGAACUCCACUUUCUUCCAGACGUAACCGAGUACUUCUUGAGCAGGGCAGUUGAAAUAUCGAGCAACGAGUAUGAACCUUCAGACAAAGAUAUAUUGUUCGCUGAAGGGGUGACUCAAGGUAAUGGGCUGGCUUUUAUGGAGUUCUCAUUGGACGAUCGAAGCCCAAUGUCAAAAACUUACACAGAAAAUAUGGAAUCUGGGCCCCCACCUCUCACCAAGUACCAGCUGAUCCGAGUCAACGCCAAGGGCAUGAACGAGGGUUGCAAGUGGGUCGAGAUGUUCGAGGAUGUUCGUGUGGUUGUCUUCUGCGUGGCCCUCAGCGAUUACGAUCAGGUGUGGGUGUCCUCAGACGCUUCCCGUGAGCCCCACCUCACGAACCGUAUGAUCCAAAGCAGGGACCUUUUCGAGUCCAUGGUCAAGCACCCGUGCUUUAAGGACACCCCGUUUGUCCUCGUCCUCAACAAGUAUGAUUUGUUCGAGGAAAAAGUCAACCGGGCCCCGCUCAGGAAAUGUCAUUGGUUCAGCGACUUCAGCCCAGUCAGGCCCCACCACAACACACAGUCCCUGGCCCAACAGGCCUACUUUUACGUGGCCAUGCAGUUUAAGGACCUUUACGCUUCCUUAACGGGCCGGAAGCUUUUCGUCUGGCAGACGCGGGCCCGAGAGAGGCCCACAGUGGACGAGGCCUUCAAAUACAUACGGGAGGUCGUGAGGUGGGAUGACGAGAAGGAGGAUAUGUACUAUGCAGCCGGAGGGGAGGACUCCUUUUACAGCACAACUGACGUGAGCACGUCCCCAUUUGCCCGCCAUGAGUGA